CUUCUCUCUUCCAUUUAAAAGGUUUGUUUUUCACAUUCGCACCAGUCAGAGUGGGAAGAGGAGAGAGAAAUGAAGAGAGAUGUUUCGUGGAGAUUCUCUCUCUACCUUCACAGUAGGGCACACGGCUGGAUUGCUGCAAUGCAAUCUAAAUCUCACAAGGCAUAAUAAGGGCAAUACCAGAGAGUUAGUGAUUUAGAGAGAGAGAGAGAAAGGAAGGUUAAUGGAGGAGCAGUUGAAGAUGGAGAGUUCCUUUAGGGAAGGACCACCCUUGGGGAGCUCACCUCCUUCAUUUUUGAUGAGUAGCAACCCUUCUUCGAGGAUUUUUCAGUCUGAGAUCUCUCAGAGACUGAGAUCUCAGAAACCACCCGAGCCUCUUCGUCGAGCAGUGGCUGAUUGCCUCUCGUCUUCGCACCAUGGGACCCCAUCUCCUCUUGCUUUGGAAGCUGCAAGGACCCUAAGGGAUUAUUUAGUGUCUUCAUCAACAACUGAUAUGGCCUACAAUGUGCUUUUAGACCAUGCAUUGGCUGAAAGGGACCGCAGUCCUGCAGUGGUGUUAAAAUGUGUAGCACUUCUUAAAAGAUAUCUUCUACGAUACAUGCCUAGAGAGCAGACUUUGCAGCAAAUUGAUCAGUUUUGUGUAACUCUGAUUGCGGAGUGUGAUUCCUUAGCUAGUAGAAGAGUUUCUCCAAUCUUGAGAUCCUCAAAUCAUAGGAAUGAGGCAUCACCGGUACCUACAAAUGCUUUCUCCCCAUCUUUCCAUGCUUCAACAUUUUCCUCUGGAAUGCUCGUGAAAUCAAUAAAUUAUGUUCGUGGCCUGGUAGCUCGACAUAUUCCAAGACGAUUAUUUCAACCACCAGGUUUAGCUGGCGCCUUUAAUGCUUCAAAUUCAAAGCUGCCCACAUUGUCAUCUUUAAUGAGUAGGUCUUUUAGUUCUCAACUAAGCCCAAGAGGUGUUAGUAGCAGGGGAUCUCCUGAGACUAAAGAAGUUGCUGCAUCAUCGUCAAAGAAUUCAUCUGGUAUUGCAAGACUUUAUGAGGUAGACGAUAAUUAUCUUGCUGUUGAUGUACUGAAGUGGCGGUGGUCUGGUGGCCAUGAUCUCCAGCCUUCGGUGCUGUCCCACGCUGUGACAAACAGUGGUGAUGACAUGAAGCCCCAAGUAAGCAAUGCACAUAAUUUUGUAGAAGUUGGUGCAGCCACAUUGCGUGUGGGUGAUGUGGAACUGAAGACUGAGGCCCCUCCUGGAAAAUAUUACGAUCGUUUGAUAUCUGAAGUUGAUUUGGACCAACUACUACAGCCCUCAACAGUCACGGCUGCAAAUAAUAUUGCAUCAGCUCGUGCUCAUUUGAGAGCAAUAACUGCCUCUAAACGCAUGGUAUCAGGUCCUCAUCAGGUUUGGGAUGAUGCCCCAACAAACACAUUCCGCAUGCGUGCUCGCCCCCUUUUUCAGUAUCGGUAUUACAGUGAACAGCAACCUUUGCGGCUGACUUCUGCCGAAGUUGAAGAGGUCAUUGCUGCAGUUUGUUCAGAGGCCUCUGUUUCAAGUGCAAAUCUGAUGCCUGUGUCAUCUAAGCUAACUAAUUACACCGGAAAGCAAACUAUGGAUGUUGCUGUCAGUGUUCUCAUCAAACUUGUUAUUGACAUGUAUAUGGUGGAUCCUAAGGGUGCCGCGCCACUAACUCUCUCUAUGCUUGAGGAAAUGCUUCUCUCUCCGAAGUUGACAUCUAGGGUUCGCGCCUUUGAUUUAAUUUUGAACCUUGGUGUUCAUGCUCAUUUGUUGGAGCCUAUGUUAAGUGAUAUUCCAUCUACGAUUGAAGAAGAGGAAUCAUCACAUGAACCAGAGUUUAGUGCUGAUGAACAACUUGAAUCAUUGGGACAGAGAUGUACAAGGCUUUCGGAGCAACAAAAUAUGCCCUCAGCUAUCGAGAGCUUUGAAUCUUGGCUUUUGAACAUUUUACAUGAAAUAUUACUUCUUCUUGUGCAGAUUGAAGAGAAAGAAGAAGCUGUUUGGGCAUCCGCGUUAAGUUGUUUACUAUAUAUGGUUUGUGAUAGAGGCAAAAUUCUGAGAGGUAGAUUGGAGGGUCUUGACAUAAGAGUUAUAAAAGUUCUUUUGGAGGUUAGCCGGGAGAGUUCUUGGGCAGAAGCACUCCAUUGCAAACUCAUUUGCAUUUUUGUGAACAUGUUCUAUAAAGUGGCAAGUGGACCAGACAGUGUUGUUCUCAGUACCCCUGUAUUUUCCAUUGAACUGGUUGAUCUGCUUGGAGGCAUUGAUUUAGUCUGCCUUGAGUAUUCAAGAGCAAAUACUAUGGAAGAGAAAAGGAAUCUAUUUGCACUACUCUUGGACUACGUUGUGCACCAGUUGAAUGAAACAUGCUUGGCUCGUGAAGGUUUUAUGUAUGGCUCGGAUGAAAUUCAACCCAUUGCUGCCAUGCUAACCAUAUUGGAUGCACCCGAGGCAUUCCACGUUUCAGUUAAGUAUGGCUUGGAAGGCGUUGGAGGCUUAUUGAGAAGAUCCACAUCUGCAACUAUGUCUAGAUCUGCCGUUUCAGGACAUUUUAAUUCCACACUGUUGGAGGACAUCAUGAAAAUGUUUGACACCAUUAUUACGUCAGUAACACAUACAGAUGAAGAGUUUGUGGAUAUGCUUCGAAUGACCAAGGCUUUCAAGUCUUUGGAAAGCAUCGAGAAAGGAUGUGCAGGAGUCAGCCUUGAUGCAAAUGAAGUCAAGCAGGCGUGGGCCACUUUACAUUCACUUCUUCAUUCGCAAAAUACUGCUUAUCGCCAAAAUGGUUAUAUUUGGCUCUCUGAAUUGCUUGUCUGGACGCUCGUUUAUGGGGAUAUGGGAAAUGAUAUUAGGCCAAACAUUAAAAAAUUGCAGCGGGAGAUUGAGAUUGUUAAAAGUCAAGAUUCUAAAAUUGGCUCCACUGUUUCCUUGCCAACUUGGAUUUGGUGUGGGCUUCUGAAAUCCAAAUACAACUAUAUCAGAUGGGGUUUCCUUGUGGUCUUGGAGAAGCUCCUUGUUAGAUGUCAAUUGUUAUUAAAUGAAAAUGACGUGCAGCAGGUACCUGGUGGAGAUGAUUUGAGUGAAGAUCAUAGCAAUACUAGUCUUGAUAAAGCAAAGGUGGUUAUUGGCAUAAUGAAUAGUGCAUUGUCUCUUGUGGUCUCAAUAAGUGAAACAGAUCGCAUCACUAUUUUGAAGAUGUGCGAUCUGCUUUUCUCUCAAUUAUGUCUGAAACUACACCCACCUUCUGAAGCUCCCACUCCUAAAGUGAGAAGUAAGGAAUCACCAAAUGACCUUGCUGGGAGAGAUCCCUUUGAUGGUCACCUAGCAAAGAAGCCUCUUGGAUCUCAGUCUCUUGAAUCUAGCAGAAGCACAUUGGGUUCCCAUAUGCGUCAUGCAGAUUACAGCACAGCAUCCAUGGCAGCAUUACUUUUGAGGGGACAUGCUAGUGUUCCAAUGCAACUGGUGGCCUGUGUCUAUACUCCUUUGUUCUUUUGGCCAUUAAUACAACUUGCUGAUGCAGUAACAGAUGACAUAGCAUUAGGUGUUUCAGUAGGUAGCAAAGGAAGAGGAAGCUUACCAGGCUCUGUUUCAGAUAUAAGAGCAGCACUUCUUUUGCUUCUGAUUGGUAAAUGUACGGCUGACCAUGCUGCAUUUUCAGAUGUGGGGGGUGAGGAAUUCUUUAGGAGCUUAUUAGAUGAUUCUGAUGCAAGGGUGGCAUACUAUACCUCUGCUUUUCUCUUGAAGAGACUUAUGAUGGAAAAACCUGAAACGUAUCAACGCACCCUUCACAAUCUUGUUUUCAGAGCUCAACAGAGCAACAACGAGAAGCUUCUAGAGAAUCCAUACCUUCAGAUGCGUGGUAUUAUUCAGUUGUCAAACGAUAUGGGUUCUCAAUUAUAAGUUGACGAACAAGACCUUUUAUUGAGUUGGAAUCAGGUGGUCUUUAUUUGAAGAAACUGUGGACACUCUGCUACUUGGAUUUAUUAAAGCUUAGCCCCCAUGCCUGUGGAGUUUCAGGAAGCCCAAACCGAAACUGUCUGGAAUCAGAAGCUUAAGGUUAACUUUGUUUGGUUGGUUGUUUGGGCUUGCAUUGAGUUUUGGUUUAUGAGGAUUACCUGAAUUCAUUUGGCACUCUGGCUCGUGAAGUAGUAGCAAUUGCUUAGUGUACAGAACACCCAAGGGGGUACUUGAAUUCAUUGAUUGGUUGAUUGAUUAAUUUAUUGAUUGGUUUGUGCCAUCGCCCAUGAGGAACCGAAGGAUGGGCAAUAUUUGAUGUUCAGCUCUCAGUUUCUUCACUGAAGAUAUUUUGUGCUAGCGGGGCAUUUGGAUACCAGUUGCUAUGGUUCUGUACAAUUGAUUUUGUACCAGCUGAGGUUCAUGCAGAUUUUUGUGAGGCAUCCUCAGGCACUGUUGUAUUAUUUUGCGGGAUAUUUUUGCCCCCUGUGCAAGUUUAGGGUUUAUUUUUGUAUUGAUCCACUUGAUGCAUUUGGGAACUCCUGUAACUAUCCACCAUUUGUCUUCCAUGAGCAGCUCAAAACUUGCUAUAUGGGCCAAAUCUGUCUGCGGAGUCUGGCAGGCCACGGUGCUUAAUCUAAUCCAACUAUUUGAUAUGCAUGUCAACUGUAAAAUUAUGAUUUCAGGUGUACUAUAGAUUUUUUAACAAUAAAAAUAUGGGGUUGGAUGGCUGUGUUUUGAGCAUGAAUCAUCAUUGGGGUCUCCCCAUCUCAAGUUUUGCUAAACCCAAAGGAUUUCGAUGGAGCUAAUUGGAGAUCUCGUGCUUUCAUUGGACUAUUUAACACAAGAAUAGUGGCCGAAGAACCGACAACAGUAUCAUGAAUAUCUGCUUCGGCAGAAUCGAUUUGUAGCAUAUGACAUCUCAUGCCCUUUGUAUAUCAGAUAAUAUUUUCCUCGGUUUUUGUUGUAUGAGGAGCCUCUAGUAUGUUACUGGUAAGCAUGUGCUUGUGAUGAGUGAAAAAAGGCUUAAAUGAUUGGCAAUUA